GCCUUCUCUCUGGUCUCUCUGGAGCAACCUGAAGACAGGAGUGUGGCCUCAAGGAGACAGCCAUGGGCACAGCAGAGUCCAUCCCUGAUAAGCCCCUGCUCAGAGGAGAAAGCGGGCAAGAUCUCCAAGAGAUGCUGAGAGAAGUAGGACUGGAUGUUGAGUACUGGAUACCCAAGCUGCAGGAACACCUGGGUGUGACCUGUGCCCAGGCCUUACAACACCUAGAAGAAAAAGACCUCCAGAAGCUGAAAUCCAAGGCACAACAUCCCUGGGAGAAAAGGGCCCUGGAGAAGCUGCUUAAGCUGUCGCACUCAGAUAGUAUUGCAGAGUUACAGGACUCUCAGGUGGAAAUGAUAAAGAAAAAGCAGAAGCAGGUAGACCAAACACUGCAGGAGCUAAGAGACUUGCUGUCUGAAGGGAGGCAGCGACAGGAAGAGGCAGUGAGGAAAAAAGAGGCAGAGCUGAGGAAGGCGAUGGAGAUCCCCAAAGAGUACUGGCCACCUCUUGAAAAGUCUCUAAGAGAAGUCGUGGAAAACAUGCAGAGACAACUCACCCUCAUGGAGGGGACACUGUCUCACAGGGAAACCCUCCUAGACAGAGAUCCAGAGAGAUGGGCAUCUGGAGGGCUGACCCUGCAGGGAAUUUACAAAACCACCUACCAAAGGGGCCUAUUAGAGAAGAGAGAGGAGCUACUCAGUGUCUGCAAGGAGUUCUCACUCUUUCGCCCUUAGCAGGGCACACGAUGGAAACAAAGGAAUUUACAUCUUCCCAAGCAGAAUCUAUGUUCAGGUGGAAGGUGGAAGAGACAUUCACAGAGGAACUUGGCUUUGACUUUAUGCUUAUUGUGGACACAGAAGGACUUCGGGCCCCAGAACUCAGCAACAAAUCCCAGAAUCAUGACAAUGAGUUGGCCUCCUUUGUCAUUGGACUUGGAAACUUGACUCUGAUCAAUAUUUUUGGGGGAAAUCCAUCAGAAAUGCAAGAUAUUCUACAAAUAGCUGUCCAGGCUUUUCUGAGGAUGAAACAAGUAAAAAUGUCCCCAAGUUGCCUCUUUAUCCAUCAGAAUGUGGGGGAAGUUACAGCUAAAGACCAAACUAUGGAAGGAUGAAGGCGGCUAGAGCAGAAACUAGAUGAAAUGACAGCAACAGCGGCUGAACAAGAACAGUGCUCAGAUGUAACCCACUUUAGUGAUGUCAUCAAGUUUGAUGCCAAUACUCACGUCUACUACUUUGCUCAUCUCUGGGAUGGCAAUCCCCCAAUGGCCCCUCCCAAUCCUCACUACAGCCACAACCUCCAGGAACUGAAAAGUAGAAUUCUUGAGACUGCCAAAGAGGAUUCUAGGGGAAGGAUCAUGAAGAUAUCAGAUGUAAAAUUCCGAGUUCAAGAUUGUGGAGAGCCUUGUUGAAUGAGAAUUUUAUUUUCAGUUUCAGGAACACCCGAGAGGUCAUGGCCAUGAGCAAAUUGGAAACCAUGUAUAACUACUGGACCUGGGAGCUGAGAAGUCAUGUUCUGGGCUUGCAGAACAAGCUGAUCAAUUAGAUUCAGAAUGGAAAAAUCCAGACGUUCAGAACAAGCACAUUCGAGGCUCCAGUUACAGAAAAAUAUGAAGCCAUCAAGCAAGAAUUGGAGAAAUAUUUUAAUGAAGAUCCAGAUAGUGAAAUACUGGUUCAGUGGAAAGCAAAUUUUGAAAAUAAGCUAAUAAUCCUUAAAGAGGCACUUAUUUCAGACAGCCGAAGAAAAGCCAAUGAACUUAUUAGUUUUAAAAAAAAGUCAAGAAAAACUAGAUAACCAAAAAUCAGGUUAUGAAAAGGAAUUAUUGGAAAGAAGCCGAAAGUUGGCUUUAACUCUAAAGGGCAAAGAACUGAGUGAUGAAGCGCUACAUGAGAAAUUCAAUCAACUUUGGAAAAAGUGGGUCAGUGUUGUGUCCUCAACGGUCCUUCCAGUCGCUGAGCCUAACAUUGAUGUGGAUU